UCGUCAUCGCACGCACACCGUAACGCCAACUGCCAUUGAUUGCUGGCCAUUGAAGCACAAAACAGUGUUUCAAGCCAAAGAGGUCCAGUGCCAAAACAGCCCGUUGCCCACCAUGGCGCAGAAAGCCACUAAAACCCUCGCCGCCGCCAACACCCGCCGCCUAAACACAACCCUCUACCUGACCCUCGCCAUCCACACCCUCUUCUGGCUCCUGCGCGCCUUCCUCUUCCGCUCCACCUUCACCCGGCGCUCACUUCUCCUCUACCUCCUGCUCUCCGCCCCCCAACUCCUCAUCAACCUGCAAUUCGAGCGGCUCUCGCGCCCUACCCACCUACCCGAUGGCUCCAUCAAGCGCGCCGGCGAAGACCUCGAUGCGCCCGGCCUGACCGAGUACAUGUGGGAUGUGACUUACUGGACGUAUGGAUGCGUUGUGCUGGCGACCUUGUUUGGGGAUUGGAUGUGGUGGGGCAUGAUUGUUGUGCCGGUGUACAGUGGGUACUCGUUGUAUGGCAUGUAUAGGGGGUUUAGGGGCGCUGGGUAUACGGAUGCGGCGGGGGUCCCGCAGCCGGGGGCUAUGCAGAGUAAGAGGCAGGCGAAGAUGGAGAAGAGAG